ACAUUGUUGUUGGUUUAAUUAAUCAAAGCACAAAAAUUUAUAUGAAAGGAGAAUACAUCGGGCUGAGUCUGCCAACUUGGAGCUGUUGAAGUUAUCUUCAAUUGGCAUUCAUCAAAUCUGACAAAAAAGGCUUUCGGCAAUGUCUUUUUGUCUUUAAAAACUAAGAAUCUCUUUGCAGGUCGAGUUUCCCAAGUUGGACUUUUUGAGGCUGUCUUCAAUUAACAUUAAGCAAAUUUGGCACAUUUCGAGUAAGCAAAUCGUGUCUUUUGAAAACUUAAAGAACCUGUUUGUGGAGGGUUGUGGUAAUUUGGUGUAUCUAUUGACCUCCUCUAUGGUUAAGAGUUUUAAACAACUCAUGGUGCUCAAGAUUUCUGACUGCAAGAUGAUGGAAGAGGUAAUAAAGGUAGAAGAAAGGAUGUGUGAGAUUUCCUUUCCUGAGCUGGACACACUAGAACUUGAAGACCUUCCCAAACUCACAAGAUUCUAUCCUGGAAACUCCAACGCUACAAUAAGUGAGCGCCUUCCUGUUACCAGUAUUGAAAAUGUAGAAAAUACUUAUACGCCAUCUCUCUUUCAUGAAAAGGUUGAAUUUCCCAAGUUGAAGUUGUUGAGACUGUCUUCAAUUAACAUUCAACAAAUCUGGGAUCUUUUGACUCCAAAAAUCCUUUCUUCUACACAGAAUUCAAAAAUCUCUCUUCCCAUACAGAAUUUAAAAAAGUUGUUUGUGGAGGGUUGUGGCAAAGUGAAAUAUCUAUUGACUUCCUCUAUGGUUAUAAGUUUCAACCAACUCGAAUGGCUCAAGAUUUGUGAUUGUGAAAUGAUGGAAGCCGUAAUAGAUUCAGAAGAAUCAGAGGAAGAAACAAUUUCCUUCCCUGAACUGCACACCCUAGAACUCAUAAAUCUUUACAAACUCACAAGAUUCUAUCAUGCAGAAAAUACUGACACGCCAUUUCUCUUUGAUGAGAAGGUUGGGUUUCCCAAGUUGAAGUUUUUAAGCUUGUCUUCAGUUGACAAUUUGAAAUAUCUGUUGAUGUCUUCUAUGGUUAAGAGUUUCAACCAACUCAUGGUGCUCAAGAUUUGUGACUGUAAGAUGAUGGAACAGGUAAUCGUCUCAAAUGAAGUAGUAGAAGAAAUGAUGUGUGAGAGUUUCUUCUCUAAACUAGACACCCUAGAACUUGAAGACCUUCCCAAACUUGUGAGAUUGUGUCAUGGAAAUUACUCUAAGUUUAAAUUCUCCAUGCUUAGACGGUUCACCAUAAGCAAGUGUGCUGUGUUGAAGACCCUUAUAGGAAACAAUGCUGUCAGUUCUGAAAAUGUGAAAAAUACUUAUACGCCAUCCCUCUUUGAUGAAAAGGUGGAAUUGCCUAGAUUAGAGCGGGUGAUAAUCAAGUUUAUGGGGAAUUGGUCCAAGAUAUGGGAUGACAAACAUGAUGUGAAUUCUUGUUCCCAACUAAAUUCUCUUACCUUGGAUUCAUGUGAAAAGCUGUUGAAUAUUUUCCCAUUUAGUAUGCUGGAAAGAGUACGCCAGAAGCUAGACACACUGGAGAUACAGAACUGUGAUUCACUAGAAGAGAUAUUUGGUGCUAGCCAACCACAAGCUCAGAUACCCACUCAGCCAACUAAUUCGGUGGAAAUUGUCCCAAUGUUUCUCUUUCCAGAAUUGACACACAUAAAUCUUUCUAAGCUACCCAAACUGAAAGGCUUCGUCCCUCAAAUUCAUAUUAAUGAAUGGCCAUCAUUGAAACAAUUACGAGUGCACGGAUGUGAUGAAGUUCAGAUAUUUGCUUCAGAACUCCCAAGUUUUCUAGGAAUAAAUGAACAUGACAAGCUUCAGAUUCAGUUGAUAAGCAAGAGAAUUUUUUUAUACAAAAGGAGUGGGAGGAUAUGUCACAUGCUACCUGCCAGGCACCUUGUAAUUUGGGAGGGUGAUCAUCCUGAUUAUUGGAGGUGGUUCAAACCUGAUCCCAGGUUCCCUGAGGUUGCAGAGCUUCUUUCAACUGAUUCGUUUGAAAUCCGUGGAAGGAUUAAUACUCGCAUGCUUUCUCCAAAAACACGUUAUAAGGCUUACCUUGUGUUCAAGCUGGCAGACAAACCUAUAGGAUUUCAAAAUAAACCUAUAGAAGCUGCUGUUCUACUUGGAGGAGCUGAAGUUUCAAAGCGAGUAGUGUACGUGCAGGCAGAAGGUGGAAUUGUAGGAAAUGGUGAUCAGUACCCGAAAGAGAGGGGAGAUAAUUGGUUUGAGGUAGAAUUGGGUGAAAUUGAAUUCACCAAAGAAAGAGGCGGAGAUUUGGAAAUAAAUCUUCAGCAGAAAAGUUACGACGAAAAGAACGGUGUCAUUAUUCAAGGAAUGGAGAUCAGGCCAACUUAGCUGCACAUAAUAAGAUUUUCUUUCACCUUGUGCAUUUUAUGUGUGGGAGGAACAUUGCCCCUCGUGUUAAAUUAUGUCAAGAAACUAAAGAAAUCGCACCAACUUGUUAUUUUCGCUCACCAUCUGUCAAUUUGAUGGACAGAAUUUCACGCAAGGGCUUAUCAAUUGCUCAAAACCCUGGAAGAUGUUUUACGAACUUUAGGUAUCUUAACAGAAACAAAUGAAAAUGGUUAUUGCCACAAACCAAAUACAACUUCUAUCUUCAUAUAAACUUAGCGGUCAUCUGAAAUACAGCACCAUAGAGAGGAACUAAGGAGUUGAGACUAGGUACUUGUGCAAAGCAACACAGCACCUCCGAGGAGAGACCUCCCACUAGUGAAACAGAGGCAAAACUAAAUGAAGCAGGGGCAGAU